AUGCAAUCUUUCACGGCGACCCAAACGCGGGCGUUGCGAUACUUUGUCGCUCUCCAUGCCGCGUACAUGCAGAAACGAGGAAUGAGCCUCGGUGGGGAUGAUGCAUCCCCACAUGGAGCUCCAUUUGACCUCCGGUGUCCUUCCUUUGAGCUUCAUCUUGAAAACUUUUAUCUCUUGGCGGUGCACAAGGCAGCCGACGAAGUUGUCGCGGACGCGCAACGAGACUUGCACGAGGUGAUGGUCGAAGAAAAACUCUCGUUGCUGCCCAGCGUUCGCAGCUUCAUCACUCGAGAGCGCUUUGACGUCGCCGUCUACACUGACAAGCAGCAAGUGGUACCAGGGAUGUGGCUGACUUCGGCGCUGAGUCUUCACGCGAUGCUGGCGCUGGACGAGACAUCACCGCCCAAGUUCCGACGGACUCUGGUCUGCUGCACAAAGCGGGAGCCGGCCCCGCUCCUCGAAAGCGACGGCACGAUAGAUCUCAUGGUAGACGACGAACACACCAUCGACUUUGCGUUGAUUGUCAAGCGCCUCCGUGAGAGAAAAGCAGUGUGUCCAUACAUGAUUGUGUACUGUGACUCGGGGAUUUCGCUGAGCGGCGCCGUUUGUAUUGCGUACAUCAUGGCUACCCACUUCCUUCCAUUAGAUGCCGCCAUGGCUGUCGUGCGCGCAGCGAGGAGGCUCGUAGAGCCGUCCGACGUCUUGCUCUCGUCACUUCAGGUGUACGCGUCCAAGUUGAAGCUGGACGUUGAUUCCGUCGAUUUGUUUAGACCUUUGUAA